AUGCGCUUAACACGGACUUCUUCUCUCGCAAUUCUUGCAACUUUAUUGCUCCCUCUUACAGCUACAAGCUGCUCUGUCCGCAACACCCUUGACGUUUCGUGUCCAAUCGAAGACUACGAAGACUAUUAUAUGUUCGCCAACUAUCUACGCCAAACGACCAAGUCGUUGCGCCCUUCCUUGACUCUUCGAUCGAUGUCAUCAGCGUCUUCAUCAACGUCCGCUCCUAAUAUGUCCUCUGCAUCUACAAACCCAUCUAGCGAGCCACAAGAAAACCAGAUCCCAGACAACAACGAAACCAAAUCCCCUCGCCUCGCGCUCCCAUCAACAUCAGACUCUACAAACCAAAAACUAGACGUCAAUGGACAAGGCACAACCGUAUCACUAGACCAUCUGGGCCCCAUCGUUGUGAAUCAAGAUGGCACAAUGAGCCGGAUAUCGAAUUGGGACAAAAUGACAGAGAUUGAGAAGAAGAAUACACUGCGGAUUAUUGGGAAGAGGAAUAAGCAGCGACUGGAGGCGCUGAAGGCUGCUGGUGUUGAGGGUGGUGAGAGUUCGUAA